GAGGUGGUUGGUUCGUCGAGAGUUGACGCCGCAGGCUACUCAGACGGGACGAGUACCCGGCUGGCACUUCUACCUAGUUGGCUGGGCGGAUUACUCACAGCAUCUGCGUGGCCCGUGAACGCCUCCUCGUUGGCUCCAGAGACAGAGAGAGAGGAUGUCAUGGAUGUCCGCCGCUGCCUAUGAUGGUUCUGUCCAGGCAGUUGUCUAUCACAUGUACGUGCAUGCAUCUUCCCGGCCUGUUCUGGGCUGUGACUGGGUACCUACAUAGGACAUACGCGCGGGUAGGCAGACAGCCAACUAGUUGGGCUUGGGGUGUUGAUCUGCAGGACGGGAGCGGGCCUUCGCGCUUGGGAUUUGUUCGCGAGUCUGCUUGCUUGUUGUUUGGCUGGGCUGCCUGGUCAGUCCCUUGGCUUGCCUGCUCCUCCAGAGGGAAUCUUGCCGGUGUGGUUUACGCGGUUGGCCAUAUGUUCGUUCGAAUUUCGAGAGAGCUGCCUGGCUGCCAUUGCCAUAUCCACAAGUUGCCGCCUGGUGUGGAUCAGGUCUUGUUGCCGUGUUUCUCAACCUUGAAUGCUUGGGCUUUCCGCUUGACAGCCCGAGAAGGCUCGGGAAUGAGUAAAUCUCAUGUUAUGGCGGGUGUCCACUCACAAUUGAGCCCACAAUCUACAAUACACGGGACUUGAGCCGGUCGACCCGUCAAAGCCUGUGCAUGAGCAGCCAAUAUUGGUGUGCUAGUACCAGGCAGGGUUGUGUGGCUGGUCAUUCAGGUGCGGCACCCUAAUCACCUCGAAAGCAAUACAAUUCGAAACAACACGGUGUUACCAUAACUCCCCGAGGAAGUGCACGCGCAUCUCGACCACAUUCUGCGCCAAGGUUCCUUCAAGUCCAGUCUGGGGUGCGUGCGUUCAGGGUCUUUGGACCGUCAUGCUCUGGCUCACACGACUAGCCAGCUCCUUGCACGUGCCACAUGGAUGGCUGACUUGGCGGGUUGGAACACGAUGAGCAAUGAUCUGAUUUGGCAUGG